CGGGCGGAAGUCAGUCGCCCCGCUCCGUCCCGGCCUGCCCGCCGCGAGGCCCCGCCGCCAGCGGGCACCCGGAGCCAGGCCCGCAGCGGUCCCGCCUGACCGUCACUCUGAUGCCCGUCCAGCCCUCCGACCGCCUGGAAUGGAAUGAGUCUAUGCACUCCCUCCGGAUCAGUGUGGGGGGCCUUCCUGUGCUGGCGUCCAUGACCAAGGCCGCAGACCCCCGCUUCCGCCCCCGCUGGAGGGUGAUCCUGCCGUCCUUUGUGGGCGCCGCUGUCCUCUGGCUGCUCUACUCCCACCGCCCGUCCCCAGGCAGGCCCCCCACCCACAACGCACACAACUGGAGGCUCAGCCAGGUACCUGCCGACAGGUACAAUGACACUUACCCCCUGUCUGCCCCCCAGAGGACGCCUGGUGGGAUUCGGUACCGAAUUGCGGUCAUUGCUGACCUGGACACAGAGUCACGGGCCCAAGAGGAGAACACCUGGUUCAGUUACCUGAAAAAGGGCUACCUGACCCUGUCAGACAGUGGGGACAAAGUGGCAGUGGAAUGGGACAAAGACCACGGGGUCCUGGAGUCCCACCUGGCGGAAAAGGGGAGGGGCAUGGAGCUGUCGGAUCUGAUCGUCUUCAAUGGGAAGCUCUACUCCGUGGAUGACCGGACGGGGGUCGUCUACCAGAUCGAUGGCACCAAGGCCGUGCCCUGGGUGAUCCUGUCCGACGGCGACGGGACCGUGGAGAAAGGCUUCAAGGCCGAGUGGCUGGCGGUGAAGGACGAGCACCUGUACGUGGGCGGCCUGGGCAAGGAGUGGACCACCCCCACGGGGGACGUGGUGAACGAGAACCCGGAGUGGGUGAAGGUGGUGGGCCACAGAGGCAGCGUGGACCACGAGAACUGGGUGUCCGGCUACAACGCCCUGAGGGCCGCCGCCGGGAUCCGGCCGCCAGGCUACCUCAUCCACGAGUCCGCCUGCUGGAGCGACACGCUGCAGCGCUGGUUCUUCCUGCCGCGCCGGGCCAGCCACGAGCGGUACAGCGAGAAGGGCGACGAGCGCAAGGGCGCCAACCUGCUCCUGAGCGCCGCGCCGGACUUCAGCGACGUCUCCGUCAGCCGCGUGGGGGAGGUGGUGCCCACGCACGGCUUCUCGUCCUUCAAGUUCAUCCCCAACACCGACGACCAGAUCAUCGUGGCCCUCAAGUCCGAAGAGGACAGCGGCAAAAUCGCCACCUACAUCAUGGCCUUCACGCUCGAUGGCCGCUUCCUCCUGCCGGAGACCGAGAUCGGGAGUGUGAAGUACGAGGGAAUAGAGUUUAUUUGAAUUUUAGAACUCAAGACGUUGACCGCGGCUGAGGGGCGGACAGUUCUAAGCUACAUCAGCACUCACAUUUUAUGAAAACAAGAGAACUUCACUUUUGUUUCUUUUUGGAACUGGGAGGUGUGUGCCUGGCUUAGAGAUGUCCGAAGUGGGGGCUUCGGUCCCGCGCUGGGUCCUGGACCCGCUGUCGUCGCGGGGCGCGGCUCUGCGCUGCCACCCGGUGGCAAGACCCCUCACUGCAGGCGUCUUGAUCCGCGGCCCUUGAAUUCGGCCCCACCCUCCCUUCUCCGUUUCUUUUCUUCCCAUUUGUUCUUUUGUUCAAUGAAAUUCCAGGAGCUCUUGCUGUGCGUCAAGCGCUGUGCCCUCCCCCGGAACACAGUGAGUACGAGCUGGACCUGCCUGCCAGGAACUCCCAGGCCACCCCUUUCUUCCCACUUUGUGGGCUCGGGCACGAUGUCCCCCUGCAGAUCCGUGGGGAAGAAUGUGUCUGCAUGGCCGUGACGGGCUGUGUGAGCGGGCCCGGCCCUGGGGACACGUCUGGACACAACUGCUGCAGGGAAGGGCGCAAGCCCAGCCCGUCUGUCGGUUCCCAAGCCGCACAUGAAACGUCCCCACUUCAUACACCAACGUCUGUGUUCUCCCCUCAGGAAAAUUCUGUGGCUGUGUAGCACUUGGACAUUUUAAUUAUUAAUCCUUUUUAAUUAAAGCAAUUUCCUUUUGCCAAAUCUUAUCACACACAGCAAAGUCCUGUGGUUAACGCACCUAUUCCCAGCAGCGGGGAGUAUAACGCAGGUACAGUUGGUGGAGCAAGUGUACAAAUGUUUCUGAGUUCUUGGCUGACAGAUACAAAGAUAAAGAAAACGUUGCCUUUUUCUAGUAACUAUCAGAAAUCCUCAUGCCUUUCAGGACUUAAGACUUGAAUUUUUUAUCCCUGGCUCGAGAGGGAGGCUGGUGUCUGACGGGCCCGCGGUCGGCCGACCCUCGGGCUCCCCUUCUCUGGAGGUUGUGAGUGAGGCCUGUCACUGCCUGGGGUUUCUCCCGUUGUCUUUAUUUCUCCUCUUCCUGGUGGGAGUUUUGCACCCUCUCCUCCAUGAAAAUCCUUCUCGCAGGCUGCGGCUGGCCCUUGGUCCCUGCGUCUCUCUGGACGCUCCGGGGUGAGGGCAGGGUGGGUUGGGCACGGCCGAAGCAGCGAGGUCGUGGUGCUCCUCCCACAGCAGCCGCCUCGCCGACUCCCGCGGGGCAGACGGCCUGUGCCCGUCCUCCCAGACCUCGUCCCCUUUGAAACUAACGGCCGCGAGGAGGGAGCCAGGAGGGACCCGUCUCGGGGCCUGUUCCUCCCGCUGUAGAACACGUAGCAGGGGAAGCAAAGGCAGGUCACCGACAGUGACACAUUUCUCAAGAACUCGCCUCUUCCCCGGCAGGGCAGGAAGACCCAGGUGUGUCCCACCUUUGCCUGGCAGGGCUCUCUGACCCAUCUCCCCCACAGCUGUCCAGGGUGCUCUGGCCGGGUCGUUUUAAACAUUGAGGGGAAACCGGGAAGGGUGGACAUGUUGACGUCAGCAGCUGAGCCACAGUCGAUGAUUUGCAAACGCUUUGAAGCUGGCCUUUCCCCUCCCUCUGCAUUCCACACUGUGAGCAAUGAUUGUGUUCCUUCCCCACAGGGUCCUUUUGUUUUGUAAACAAUAAAGUGUGUGAGGGGAACAUGA